AUGCAACGCGUGUCAACAUGCCAAGGUCGCAUCUAUGUGCGGCAGCUAGAACGACGUGUGAAGGAUCUCGAACAGAGACUCGCAUCGGCUCUCACACCUCAGACAUCUCAAAAUGAGCCAUCGUUCACAUGGGGUCAGGAUACAGAAGCUCACAUGAGUGACUUGGGAACGGCCUUUCUUCAUUCUGACGAUAUCACGAACCACUCUCCUCCACUACCGUCCGAUACGAACCCAGUCCCCGCCUUCGAGCCUUUGCCAAUUUCACCCAGCAAUGCGCCUGCUCCUGCUCCUGCUCCGCGAACAGACAGCUUAGCUGAAGAGCUCAGGCUCCUCUCUUUGGAAGCAGCAGCUGAGAGAUAUCUGGGAUCUUCUUCGGGGCUUUCAUUUGCUAAACUCACCCAGACGGUUCUACAGCGUUUAUCCCCGGACCAAGAUGGAUUUGUGUUCGACGGGGAAUCCGACGACAGCCAGCAACAGAGUUACGAGUCUGAACCUGAUGCAUCUUCCAAUCUGAACCCGAUAUUUUUCGAAAUGCAUCCUUCAUUGACCAGUCCGCUGCCCCUAAACUCGUUCUUGGGAGAUACCGCUGUUGGCGACCUUGAGCACUCAAUGGCUCUUACCUUACUCGAGCCUUCUCAUAUAAACUAUAUUCUAGAGUUUUAUUUCGCGCAUUCUCAUACCUUAUACCCAAUGAUCAAGAAAUCGGAGUUUGAGGCGGUAUUAUGGGGAAUCUAUGCCGAUCCACUUGCCCCCCUAGCCCAGUCUUCUCUGUGGCAGUUCAGGAUUUGGAUGGUGUUGGCGAUCGGUUCUACAACAUACUGCUCUGUCUCGCUGAUGGAUGAAACUGAAUCGGUGCAGUUCUACAACAAGGCGAUGAUCUACUUUGAGCCGGCUAUGGGAUGUGGUGAUUUGGCUGGCCUGGAAGUUCUUAUGCUUCAGGUCUCAUAUUCCUUUUUUAAUAAGAUUGGUCCCAAUACUUGGUUUUUGGUGGGAGUCGCGGCUCGGAUGGCGACAGGAAUGGGCCUUCAUACAGCGGACGUAUACCAAUCUUUACCUGUUGACGCAGCAGAGCAGCAGAAAAGAAUUUUCUUUUGUCUUUACAUGAUGGAUCGUGUCGUGUCUUUGGCUCUUGGCCGCCCUUUUGCGAUACAAGACAACGACAUUACCGUUGAGCCCUUUUCCGAUGUCGACGAUGAAAAUAUCAAACCUGAUGCGCUCAGGAGAAUCGCCAGUGACAUUGGUAGCCAGAUUCACUCCCCAAAAUACAGUCGAGAACAAAGUCCCGAGGCCCGGGAAGAGACAAUAAAAUCCCUCCACAAACGCUUACUCGAUUGGCGUCGCAGCAUGCCUUUCCCUUUGCCCGACCUGCAAUCGAAAGUCCCUCAUUUGUGUACCAGUUGGUUUGACCUCAACUACUACACCCAUGUCAUAAUGCUUUAUCGGCCUUCACCUUUAAGUCCUAAUUUGGACCCAGCGAAGAUGAAGACCUUGGCCGAAGCGUCAGGAAUGGCAAUACGACAGGCCAUCAAUCUGCACCGACAACGUCGUUUUGCUUAUAAUUGGUUAAAUCUUGUGGCUAUAUUCAACUCGGCUCUGUCUCUUAUGUACACGUCUACUGCUCAAACAGAUGAUAUUACAUUGGCAUCAGAUCAUGUCAGAGCAGUUGAUAAUCUUGAGCUAGCUGUUGAACUACUGGAGGCCUUCUCUGUGAAAUUCCCCUCCGCGAAGAAGAUACAGGGGAUGAUUCGGACGGUGUCGGCAAAGCUCAAGGCAUAUACGGUAGCUGGAUUUUGA